AGAGGUGGUGAGUGAAUGUUGAUGGGACUGGCUGGUGGGCCGGAGUAUCCUUUGUGUUGAAGAGGGAGUGCACACUCGCUGGCGAGAGAACUGACACGGUUUCUGAUCGGGCCACAAGUCUUACCAACAGCUGCUGUCUCACUCUCGGGAUCUGUUGGAUGGCGUCUUCGAGGGAUGAGUGGUGACUGAAGAUGGCGACCCCGCCGCCUGCUGCCUCUGCUGUGGACGUUGCGCCUGGAGCCAUCCCAAGCCCCGACGCCGUCAACGCCAUAUCUGAAACUCCAGACGCAGAACGCCUGAGCCUCAGCAGCAGCUGUUCCUCCUCUAGUUCCAGCUCACCUUGUGUGCUCUGCUCGGACACCCAUCCGCUCGAACAACCAACAACACUUCUUGGUGAAAAGGGAACAAACAGUUCAGCUGCCUGGUGUGCUCGUCACAAGUCAGAAACUGUGUCACUUUUCUGUCGCACGUGUCUUGUUGUGGCGUGUGCAGAGUGUGUACGUGUGGAUCACAGUGGAGGCUCACAUGAAAUAGAGCGUGUUUCGGAAGCGGGUCCUAGACAACAAGAAAUGGUGGCACGUACUGUUCUAGAAGGGCGUAGCAAAGCUGCAGACAUAAGAGCUACUGUCAAAAAUAUAGAGCUAGCUGCCAGUCGACUACAGGUGCAGUACCAUAAGGCUCAAAAUGAGAUACACGAAACAUUCCAAUUUUAUCGCUCAAUGAUAGAAGAACGGAAGCAGGAACUUCUGAAGGAAUUGGAGAGUAUUUUCUCAGCUCGGCACAUGUCUCUUGGAGCACUUGGACAGCGUGCCCAAGAAGCUGCUGACAGAAUUAUCAACACUUGCGAAUUUGCUGAGAGGUUAGCUAAACAUGCAUCUUUGCCAGAAACAUUGAUGCUUAGAAAGGUUCUUGAUUCUCGGUUUGCCACAUUCUCAAGCUAUGGACAGGAUGCUACUACUACACCAGUCAUGACCAACUGUGACUUGGAGUUUGUCUCAAAUUACCAGGCAAUACAGGUUGGUGUUCGUAACACAUUUGGAUAUGUGCGAUCCAGUGCAGGGUCUGAGUUACCUGCAGUAGGCCCUACUAAACAACCACCUAUAGCUCGUCCAGUGAAUGGAACUACAGUUGGAAGUCUCACAAAUGGUGGCAUAAAUGGGCUUCAUCAUGCUCCUCAACAACCUACCAAUGGAGUAUUAGAGAGGCCGUAUUCGAAUGGGCUGGCACCAUCACCGUCACCAUUUGAGUCAAACAUAAUUUCAAAACGUUUCAGCAGUGCCAACAGUCUUGGGCCUUUUGGGGCAACUGUAAGUGGUGACAUUAAUGGAUUAAAUGGAAGCAAUCCAUACGAGAAAUGGUCAAAUGGUGGUUCGGAAGGAGGGAGUCCAUUUCAGAAUGGUUGUGGAAGUGGAGAUGCAUAUGGCUUAACAUCACACGACAGUGUACUUGAGCUCACAUCCAAAUUGGUUUCAGCUGCAGCAUUUCCACCAAAGUCACAAAUAAAGCGACAGAAGAUGAUAUAUCAUUGUAAGUUUGGUGAAUUUGGUGUAAUGGAAGGCCAGUUUACAGAACCGAGUGGAGUUGCAGUAAAUGCACAGAAUGACAUAAUUGUGGCAGAUACCAACAACCACCGCAUACAGAUAUUUGACAGAGAAGGCCGAUUCAAGUUCCAAUUUGGUGAAUGUGGAAAAAGAGACGGGCAGCUGUUGUAUCCAAAUCGUGUAGCUGUCGUUCGCACAUCAGGUGAUAUUAUCGUCACGGAGCGUUCACCAACUCAUCAGAUCCAAAUCUACAACCAGUAUGGCCAGUUUGUGCGCAAAUUUGGUGCCAACAUUUUGCAGCACCCACGUGGUGUUACUGUUGAUGGGAAAGGGCGUAUUGUAGUUGUGGAAUGCAAAGUUAUGCGUGUUAUCAUCUUUGACCAGUCGGGCAACGUACUGCAGAAAUUUGGUUGUUCUAAGCACUUGGAAUUUCCAAAUGGUGUUGUUGUUAAUGACCGCCAGGAGAUUUUUAUAAGCGACAAUCGUGCUCAUUGUGUUAAAGUGUUCAAUUAUGAAGGUGCAUACCUCAGACAAAUUGGUGGCGAAGGAAUCACAAACUAUCCCAUUGGAGUUGGUAUAAAUUCUGCUGGUGAAAUACUCAUUGCAGACAAUCAUAAUAAUUUCAAUUUAACAAUCUUUACACAAGAUGGACAGCUUGUAUCUGCAUUAGAGUCAAAAGUCAAACAUGCGCAGUGCUUUGAUGUUGCCCUCAUGGAUGAUGGCUCUGUUGUCCUUGCAAGUAAGGAUUACAGACUGUAUAUUUACCGUUAUGUCCAAGUCCCUCCUAUCGGCUUAUGAAUGCAGUAUCACAAAUUCAGUAAAAGUCUGAGGGACAAUCUGUGCAAGAACAACUCUUUUUAAUGUGGAAUUGUGUAUAAAUCCAGCUUUUAGCAUUGUGCAUUUCUUUGUUAUCUUGUCCUUGUCCUUUCUUACACAAAUAUUAGUUUCCAGUACUUAACAUCUCAAAAUGAGAAACUUUUGUAUUGACCAUUCCUUUGUGCCAUCGGAUAAGUUUCUCUGUAGAGAACUUUCUCAUAAAUCCUGGCAGAAACAUAUCCUUUUUUUAUACACACUUUGCUGUGAAUUGUUCCAUUCUGAUGUUUAGAUUGCAUUCCAUAAUGGAAUGUAACAGAUUCAGAAUGACUGACUGAAGGAAUGAAGUACUGGCUACAGAAAAGUUUGAAAGUGGAGUAACCAUUCCUAAUGCUGUUAACUGUUUAUGCAUUUUUAAAUGAGGCAGGAGUGCAGAUGAGCUUGUGUUCAUGCAGAUGUGUAUUCUUUGAAUCAUAUAUACAUAGUCUCCUCUCUUCAUAAUUAUGAACAGUAGUGUUAGUUUUGUACUAUGCUACAGUGUUAACUCUCACAGCUGCAUGAAAUACAUUCUAAAGUCCCAGUUCUACCAAUUGACCACUGAAUAAUUUAUGUGCUUUUAUGUAUACCAUUUCUGUGUUUCUCCCAGCUAACAGAAAUGGGUGAAACAUUUUGUUUUUUAUAUAUUGUAACAAUCUUCUGAGCAGUGUACCAUUUAAAAGAAAAAGCAAUGGUGCCUGGGCCAUGUUGUAUAGUUCUGGAAAUCUUGCACCUGUUUCAUAAUAAGCUCUAUUUUACUAUAAGUGUUUUUGUGCCGUUUUGUGACAUAGGAGUAGAAUAGCUUAGAAAUGACAUUUAUAAAUUCACAAACAGAAUGCUGUUAUAUAUUUGAUGAAGGGAGUCCAAAGAUUUCUACAAAAAGGCAACACUGUUAACAUAACAGCUUCCUGUUAAAUUUUUAUUUAAAAGAAAAUUUUGAAGUGUUUGCUGUUUGAAUGGCAGUGUUGGCUUUCCUUUGUUAUACUGUUCUCAUUUUAUUAUUUGUUAUGUUCUUUGAAGUGCAACAUUUCAAGAUCAGUUAUGUCCUAGUCACUCUGCGUAACAUUGCCUACACCACUGUGACAUAGCUACAGUCUUUGUCGGUGGCGAAGCACAAGAACAUGACCAAUUUAUAUUAUUGUUUUGUAUUUUCCGUUUGUUGUUGUUACUUUUUUCUGUAAGAAAAUGCAUUGAGUGGGAUGUCAUCAGUGACCUCCAGAACUGUGUUUUGAUACAAGGUACUGCCACUAAUAAGAUAUACUGAAGUUGAUUAUUGUGUGCGUGUAUAUAUCUUUUUAUACUUUCUGAUUUCACUUUGAGGUAAUUGUAUGAUCUGGAGAUAGAUUAUAAAUUCUUUCCAUUACACCCUCAACAAUAUUUUAGUGCUUAAAUUUUGACGUGUCCUUGAAAUAGAGCUGUAGUUUUUACUUGCGAUAAACAGAAGGUUCCUGAGUUUUAAAAAAAUAUAUUGUUUUGAAGUUCUCAUUUGUUAGUUUCUUCUUUCAGAUGAAAUAUUAUGCCUAUUGAGUUCUGAGAAAUUCUGUUGUUUUGGUAGUGACCCCUUGCUAUUCAUAUAUAUUAGUGACUUACGUUUAGUGAAUUGCAACAGUCAUCCAGUAGAUACUUUUCUGAAUUGUGUUAAAGGUUUUUUUAACAAUGAUUAAUAAAAGCCAUUGUCUGUUUCUUUGUUAGUACAACUAAGUUCUCUUGUUUCUGAAAUCUUUUGAACAAAGGAAAGUUAACAACUUUUAAAACUUGUUUUUUAUAUAUAGGGAAAAUUUUAAGUAUUUUGCAAUAGGACUUAGAAGUUCAGCAGUCUGUAGAUGGUGCUUCAUCUGCAAAUGCUCUUAUACUUGCAGCCUUAUAUAUGAGAGAUUUUUGUUAAAAAUUUUGCAGCCUUUCAUAUAAAGAAGUAAGAAACAAAAAAUUUUAUUUUUUCUAUGUAAUCUUCCAGAAAACAUUCUUUUACACAAUAAAUUUAAUAUUUCCUUCUGGUAGGUGUGUGCGUGACACUGAUCUGCUGUAGGUUUUUGUUUAGAAUAGAAACUUGGAUUUAGGGUAAUACUCAACUUCUAUACUUUAAAUCUGCAGGACAUCAGCAUGUCAGGUUCCAUUGUAAUUAAGUACAAAAUUUUGUAAAAUAGUGAAUUGGAAUGUUAUGUAUGAGAAGUGUAAAGUAAUGGGUAAGACUGACAGGUUGAGUUUUUUAAAAAAAACAUCUUGUACGCCUCUUUUUAUAGUGAAGUUUCUACUCAGUUAUUGAAAAAAAAAUUGACUGUUCUUUAGGUUGGAUAAGCUAAGCUGAAAGCAGUCCACUGGUUGAAUGCUUUCAAAUAUUGUCUAAUAAUUAUCUAUUUUGAUAGCAUGUGUUGAUACUUUAAAACUGUAUGUUGUGGCUAUUGUUAAUUUCUGUAGGUCUGACAAAUCUGUGAUGGGUUGUGUGCUCCACAGAAAAACUGUGUUGGUAACCUCAAUUGUGGUGCAAUUGAAGUGAAAUAUGCAAUUCAAUUUAAAGGGGGUAUCAUGCAUGUCCUUCAUUGCUGCAAGCAGUUUUAUCAAAUACUUGUUAAACAAGUCAAUUACUCUUGGGAACAUUUAUCCACUGGGUGUUUGAGAUAGUAUUUAAAAAAAUGUAGCGUUUUCCUGCUUUUUGUAACUGCGAUACAAUGCUCUAAACAUAAAGUAUCUCAUCUAGUUUGUUACAAUAUUGUGGAUUGCUUCUGUAAAGUUUUUUGCCUUCCAUCGAGGACUAAUCAUUGCAGUUUCCUCAUAUAAGGUUAGUGGAGAACUGUGAAGUAUCUGAAACUGUUCCUUAAGUUGCCCCUGUGAAACACACAAGGAGGACUUGAUAUUAGUUGUUAAAUUUGUGAAAAAAAAAUAAUAAUGAAUAUAAUUUUUGUCAUUGAAUUACUGUUAAACUCAGUGUUGUAGUACUAGAACGAAUAUUUGGAGUCUUGACAUUUAAACAAUUCUGCAGCUGUUCGAAGAAAUAGUGAAUAAGGGGCAGGAGUGGUUAUGAAAACUUAGUUUGUACAGUAUUCAUUACAAACAAGAUGUUACAGAAGUGAGCACACACAGAUUUUUUUUUUUAAUAAAGUGAUGGCAAAUAUUAAGAUACAUAGUAAUUGAAAUAGUCACUGAUGAUCCUUGGGCAGAGCAGACCCAUGUUUUUCAAGGUACAUGGAAUAAUGCAAGAAGACGGCAACAGACGUUGUAUCCGAGUGCACAUUCUGUUUGUUAUUGUUUAUUGUUCUUAAUAGUGUAUAUUAUCCUACAUUCAACAUAAACUGCUCUUACAGAAACAAAAAAAAACAAGUUUAAUACAAUUAAGUUUCAACAGCAUAUUAGGUUUCCCAUACCUGGACAAUUCAGAAAGUGCUCACUUCUGAUGACUAUAGAAUAAUUCAAAUUACUCCUGUCAGAGCACCCAGUGACACCAGGUUUAUAAUCAGUUUUAGGAAGUGGCAGUUCCAGACUAUUGUUAAGAAAUAUCAUAUAACACCAAUAAACAUUCUUAGCCUAAUGUAGUUCGAAAUUUUAAGAUAAAAAUGUGAGCACGUUUUCAUUUUGUCAGAGCUUUAAUUUUAUAGCAAACAUUUAUUUGAUAAUGUGUAAUUGAUUACUAUUCAAACUUCGCUUCUUAUCGCACAAAAGUAUUUUUUAUAAAAGAAAAGCAUUUGCAGGUGUCAUUUUUAAAAGUCCAUAGGGACUUUUAUGAUGUUUUUAGCCCUUCUUGUUCUAGCUCGAUUUUAAUCUGACUGAUCUAUCUGCAGCAGUUAUCUUAUUUGUCCAUCCAGUUAAAGUCGCACAGACCAAUUCUUGACAAAUGGUCCAAUUUUUCAGAGCUGCUUUUAUAUAAUCUUUUCACUAAUAAUUUGCUUCACUAUUUUUUAAAUGUGACCAGUUAUUGGUUGCCCCUUGAACGUAUUUUCUGUGAGCACAUAGAUUAUUGAAGCUCACAGACUGUUUCCAAGAUAUAUGCCAAUGUAAGUGUAUUUUUAUGGUAUAAUAAAACUUGCAAAAUAAUAUUGCCAUGUUGUAUUGUUCGUCAUCUAUAUUUAUGGAAUCCUAAAUAAGUGGGUAAACCUCUUUAUAGUAAAAAAUGUUGUGGUAUUUACAUUUUUGUAGUUUAGUCUUAUUACCAGUUGAAUAUUGUUGACAAAACCGAAAAGUGUGCGGUGUAUAAUAUCGUCAAAACACGUGUAACAUGUAGUAUUGCUUCUUUUUUAUCAUGCUGUAGAUAAUUGGCUCAAAUGAGAGCUGUUUUUAACUGUGAACUUUCAUGAUACUUUGACAGAUGACCAGAGUGUACUUAACACUUUAGUACUUACAGUUCUGUGGAUGUUUCAUGAAAUUGAAGUCAUGUUUGGGUAACUGAGAGGGGGCUCCAGAAAUGAGAAGCUUGAUGUUGUAGGCCUAUUACUGCCACUUUUUGUUAGUUUAUAAGGAAAGAAUACAGUGUGUACUAAGUUAUAGGACCAACAGGUUGUACUUGUGUGUAUUGUAAAUGUUAUAAUUUAUUUAAUAGAAAUAAUAGAAUAAUAGCACUUGAAUUGGAUUACCUUCUAAGGCAGGUGUUCUUACAUUUCUUCGUUUAGUCAGAUACUCAUUUUAUUGGAAAUGUUGCUGAUAUAAAUCACUUUAUUAAAACUAACAAUUAAAAUGAUAAAUGUUGUUGGAACAUAACAUAUUUGUAAGGUUAUUUGACCUGCAUUGCAGUUCUAUUUCAUAGACUCAAUGAGUCAGUUUACAAAUUUAAUUUAAUAUAUUAAAAUUAAUUUGAGUUAUUGCUGAAAUUUUAUAUUUAUUAAUUUUUAUCAGAAAUGUAUUCAUCACAGAAAUGUAAGAAUAAUCGCAAUCUUGCAUAUUAAGUCCAUUAGAAACAACAUUUUUAAUGUAAUGUGUUGCUUGGUAGAUCUGUAGGUAAAGUACUAUUGUGUGUGUGUGCGUGUGCAUGUAUAUAUACUUAUCUUUCAUUCAUAAUGUCACUCUUGAAUGAUCGAUUGACUGAUUCAAAUCCAAAAGAUCUGUAAGGUCGUUGGUCCAAUAAUGGUGGUCCAUUUUGUUACUCAUAUCUAAGGGUUUUUGGUACAAAAUGAAGACUUUCCUUUCUUUUUAAGUAUGAUGUGCCAAGAGUUGAUGGUACAGAUGUUAUCAAACUUAAGAUUUGUGCAUUGGUUACUUUGCUAGUCCUUUUUUGUGUGCAGACUGCAGUUCUGCCACAGUUCACUUAAUGAGUUAAAAAUAUAUGUUUGAAAAGUAAAAGUAUCACAGGUAUUGUUUUCAAUGUAUACAUUUCUUUGAACCAUGUUAUUAUACUGUUUUUAUUGAUGACAUUAAGUUUGUUAGCAUUCUGUUGUAGUUCAUAAGAAACUGUCACUUCAUUGCUUAAGCAUGUUUGUUAUUUCAUCAAGUUUCUGCGAACUUGUUUUACUUAAGUUUGUGUUGUAUUUAUCACCAAGUAUUUGUUGUUCAUUUUAUCUGUUUCUUUUUAAUAUUUUGGUUUAUGUAACAAUAAUGUAGAUUUUAUAAUUUGAUAUUUGCUUUCAUUUUUAUCUUUCAUUGUUUUUUUUGUGAUUUGUUUUUGAUGUUACAUUACUUGAAUAUUUGUGAGCAGGCGACACACCUUUUUUCCCAAUUACGUUUGAACCUAUGCUCAAAUUUAAAAAGAAAAUCUAAAUAGGACACAACUGUCAAAUUACUUGUUGAUCUUAAUGUUGUAUGAUACAGUCAGAAUUUAAGAGCCCUUUUCUACCAAUAAUCCUUUUGGAUUGUUGCAAGACUUUAGACAAAAAGUUGUUCAAUCAAAUAUUUUGUACUGGAAAUCUCUAAACGAUGGAUUUGUAAUGUUGAUAUUUGUAAUAUUGUAGGUGUUUGGUAUAGAGAGAUCUGUCAGUGACAUAUCCUAAUAUAUUUGUAAGCAAGGAUUAAAAAAAAGUAGGAUUUGUACCUGUAGUUUGACUGGCUUCAUUUUUCUAUAUUAGAUGCUUCGUAGUGUGAGGCUUCACUUUCAUAUGCAUAUUUGAUUUUUGUAAUUACCUUAUUAAUGCCAGACAUAACAAGUCUUGGUACUUGCCUUCACUGUUUACAAUUCAGUGACUGUGUAGAUGCAGGGGGGGAUGGCAAAAUAAAAUUGUUGCCUAGUUUGUUAAAAUUUGAAUUUUGUCCUAUACCUGCAACUCAAGGCGCAGACAAGGCCUAUUUAACUCAACCUUUGAAGACUGAAAUAAAUGAAUAAUAUUAAAAAAGAAAGAAAGCAGGCUUUUAAGUUUUUUAAUGGAAGUUGUGGUAUUGGUGUGUCAUUUGAUCUGCUUGUUACCAGUCAAUUCUGUUAAUAUGGUUCACAUAUUAAGAAAAAGUACUGAAUAUUUAAAAGUUAACUUUAUUUAUUUUAAAAUUGUCUAUAUUAAGAAUAUUUUACUGAAAUAUAACAAGAGGACACUUGUUUCUUUAAUUUUGGCUUAAAGGUGAUAUACUCAAGGCUUAAAACUCAGUAGUUUGCUUCUGAUCUCUGGCACUGUAAUUUGUCAUUUUACAGGCUGCUACUGUUUACCUGUUCCUAGCAAUGUCAGUUUACUCAGUCUGUACUUUCUGUAGAAUCAAAUUCUGAUUAUAGAUAUUCAAUAGUCUCUGUAAAAUUGCUCCACAGGACAUUAUCAGGUACGAAUUUGCGUAACAUAUUGAGUUCAAAAGCUGGCCACUUUGCCCAUGUUGGCUAUUUUUGCUUGGGAGGACACCUUUUUUUUUUAACAAUUCACUGUUCAUAGUAUUAUAACAGUGGACAAUAAUCUGUUGGUUUUAGUAUGUUGCGAAGGAAUUUUUCAGUAUGUUGUUGCUCUGUUGUACCAAGUGUUGUUCGACAAAAAAAAAUAACUUUACAAGCCUGAGCCUUAAACUGUUAUUCAUGUGUAUCUGAAAUGUAAUGAACCAAAUAACUAAAUUGUUAAAUUGUUCUGGGGUACUUUUAUUUUAUUGACAAACUUAUUUGAAAAUAUCCGUCAUAUACA